AUGUUGACGUAUAUUAUUUAAAUUACCUUAUUAUUGUUUUAUUUAGUAUAUUUAAUAAAAAAAUAUGCGGCAGAAAGUAUAUAUUUCCAUAUAAAAGCUAUUUGCUUUUUCUCAUGGUUAUUAUCUUUUGCGUUUAUUUUUCUUUUGCCUGUAGAUAUUAAAUACGUAAAAAAAAACAAAUAUUUAAGAUUUUAUCUAAAAAUAUUUAAAAAACAAAUAUAUAUAUAUAAAAUAAUAAAAAAAUUCAUUUUAUGUAUUAAAUAAAUUUUUGUGUUUAUUCUUCCUUUUUUUUAAGAAUAUGAAGAAGCAGGAGAAUUCACAAAAUAAGAAAAAAUUAAAAAAUCAAUUAUAAAAAAUUUAUAAAUAUAUUUAAUUGCUUUUUUUUUAUUAGUUGGAUUUAUUGUAUAUCUAAUGUAUUAAAAUAAAAUUACUAAAUAUGAUAUUUAAGGUUUAUUGAUCAGUUUGUCUAAUGGAUUUGGUAUUUUAUUAGUUGUUUUACUAUUAGGUCAUGGAUUAGUUGCAAUUCCUAAAAGAUUGUGGAGGGAAUAUAAUUAUUAAUUAUUAUUAGAGUACUUUUUUAUAUUAAUUUUUAUUACAUUUAUAUAUUUAAAAAAAAGUUAUUAUUAUUUUAAAGCUCAUUUAUUAUUUGAAUAAAAAUAAAAAGUUAAACUUAAACUAGAAGAUUAAGUUUAUUUAGUGUUUUAUUCUUUGAAAAUAAAUAAUUAAUAUAAAGAAUAAAUAAAUAUAAUAUUAGAAAGUGUUCCUUAAAAAAUAAUUAAUUAUUGCAAAUAAAACAAGGAUUACAUUACCAAUAAAGAAGAAUUUACAUAUGAAAGAUUAAUACAAUUAAACAAAUAGAUAAAAAAUAAUUCAUUUUAAAUUAAAAGAAUAGAAACUUAACUUGAUGAUAUUAUUGACAAAGCAAUAUUUUACGAAGAUAUAAUAAAUACAAAUAAUUCAGAAUCAAAAAAUAUUAAAAGCAUAUUUUAUAUUUGCUCAAAAAGUAGAUUAGGAGCUAUUUAUGAUUAUUUUUAUUAUAUUUGGAAUUGUAGAUUAUUAAAAUAAAUAAAGAAAAUUUUUAGUAUUAUAUUCUUUUUAUUAUCUACUUUUAUUUUCUUUGAGGAAAUUAGUAUUUUUAUUCCAAGUUUACCCAAUCCAUUUAAAUAUAUUAUUAAUAAUUCGAUUAUUACAUAUGUAUUUUUUUUUUUUUAUAUAUUUUAUUAAUACAUAAAAAAGAUUAUAAUAAUUAUUCCAUUAAUAUAUAUCUCUUAUUGCGCUUUUUAUGGUUUAUUUAUUUUUAAAUUUGCUGGAAGUUAUGGAUUAUAUAAUAAUAAAUAAACAGAUGCAGCUAGUUUAAUGUUUUUUAGUAUUAAUUUUUCAAGAGUUUCUGCUCCCAUAGCUUAUAAUUAUAUAAGAAUGUUAAAAAUUAAUGAUUCUGCAUUUGAAUACGUUAUUGGGAAGAUUGAUGAAAUACCUUUUCUUGAAAAGGCGAAUAUGUAUUGUUUUCCUUUUAUUUUAGUAUUGUUAAUUUUGGCUAAUAUUUUCGAUUUUUAUUCAAAGUUUAUGAAUUGUAUUGGACUUAAAAAAUUUGAAUUUAAUUAAACUUCUUAAGAAUAAGAAGAAAUCGAAUAAGGAAAAAUAUAUAUUGGAAAAAGUAUUUAUAAAAAAUAAUUUAUAAUUUUAUUAUUUUUUAUUUAGUUAGAUAAAAAUGGGAAAUAUAAUUUAAAUAAUUAAAUUUAGAAAAUAAAGAUUUUUACGGAUAUAUUUAUAGAGUAAAUAUCUAUAUCUAUAUUAUAUUUUUAAAUUUUUAAUUUAUAAUUAUUUCAGUCAAAUCAUAGAUGUAAAAUAAAAUAACAAAAUAAAAAUAAUUAAAGAUAUGCUAGUUAAGAAAUUACAGAACAUUUUUUAGUAAAGAAUAAUUAUUUAUUAUGA